UGUCUGUAUCGCUCAAGCUAGCCUGACUGCUUGACUUCUUGACUGCUUGACUGACUGACUGAAAACAACAUGGCGACUCAAACGAAGAACAUCUCCUCGAACUUGAUGGCGACUCAAAACGAACUUGACAGGAUCCAGAACGCCUUGGAAGAUGGUGAAUUUCGUCAAUUAUUGGUCCAGUAUGCUCGGGAAGUGUCCGAGCCGGACAAUCAAGCUCUGUACGAGCGGGAAGUGGUGGCUUUGGAGCGGGCACGAGGAUACGCCGUUCACUUCCUUCAUCCGCAACCCGGAUUCGUCAUCAAGACCACCAAUCUCAGGAAUGACGAGAAGAUAUUCAUCAACGUCUGCACGGAGAGCGUCAUCGACGUGGCCAGUAGUUCGGAGGCCGGCCAGGGCUUGAGAAGCCAGGUCCCACCGGUCCCAGGGUCAGGGGGUGGAGAGCCCUCCUCGGCGGUGCGGUGGUCCAUCCCGUAUUCCUUAUCCCAGGGUCCCAGGAAGGACGUGGAUCGAGGGGGACGACCUUGUACGGUCUUCGACGUGAUUGUACACCCGGACACGUUGGCUUUGGCCCAAGGUCAGCCGCGGAUGAAGCAGUUGGUGGCGGAUACGGCCCUGGAGGCCGUGGAAAAGGCCCACGCCCUCAAGCUCGAGCAUCACGGGGUGCGCUACCCCAAGAUGAAGUUCAAGGGCACCUUCCAACCCACUGUCAUUCGCCGACCCCUGAAGCCCGGUCGGCACGAACCUCAUUACGAGAUUCGAUAUCGGCACGCCAUCCGGGAUGUGCCUACCAAUACUUAUCAGUAUGGCGAUGGCCCUCGUGGCCGCCGGAUAGAGGACCCGUGUCGACCCACCCAUCUCCUGGUCGAGGUCGAGUUGCCAGAGUUCGACACGAUGCAGGGCGUGGACUUGGACGUGACGCCUACACAACUCACUUUGGAAUCCAGCGGUCCGGCCGCCUAUUAUUUGAGCAUCCCGUUAAACUAUGUCGUCAACGAGGAGGAGGGCCAAGCCAAGUUUGAUAAAAGUACAAAGAAAUUGACCGUGACCUUGCCGGUGCAGGCUCACAAAGACGUGGAACGCCAUGUCUCGACCGAUAGCGGGAUUGAUGUAGAUUCGGGCUAUGCCGCGUGUACUGAGGAUGAGCCCCACGAAAAUGGGUCCCGAUCCGGCCCUCGGAUCCUUCCCAAUUACACUUGCAACAUCUACGAGGAUGUCCUCGUGUUCACCUUGGAUGUCAAAAACGUGGAUGAAUCCUCACUGGUGAAAACUGUCUUGUCAGAUGAGACCUUCGGCUUUGACCUUGGCUUCUCGACGAGCGGGUGCGUCUCCGAGUCCCUCCAUUACGGGUUCAAAUGCGCUCUGCUCUUCGAAGAGGAGCCCCUGUCGCCAUUGGCCACCGUUUUAGAUGCCAUUGAAGUCGAGGUGUGGGACAAUAAUGUCAUUAUCAAAGUUUCGAUGCCGGGUGGUGUUCUUUGUGAUCAGUACAAGAUUGGCAUUCAUGACGAUGACAUGACCGCCCAUGCCAUUCCUCAGCUCAAAGCUUUCCGAAAGCGCCGAGAACAGCUUUUAAAAACAUCACCUACUCAUGAAGGAAAUCGACGUCCUCGAACCUAUUCCGAAAGCUUGGGAGAUGCGUUUGAAGAUCUCUGCUUGGAGGUGGGUACCUCUUCUAAAGAGGAUAACAAAGAACGGCACAAUUCUGGUGAGAGCGAGGAUUCGGUCUUAGAAGAUUCUCGCUUCUCGGUCACACCCUCCUCUUUGCAACACAUUGCGGGUCCCGAGCCCAAGCCGAUUGUGUUGCCCAAUGGGCAGGAGGUCCGAAGCAUCUUGAAAAGAGCUGUCAAGAGAUGUUUUUCCGAGUCCCAUACCGAUUUGUUGUCGUGGCAAUCGGAUUCGUCGUCGAGCUCUCAAGACUCAAAUGAGUCUUGCAAUACUGGUAGCGAAGCUGAUAGCGUAAUCAGUAAGAGGUCAGUUCGCUUCAACGAGACAGUCCAGAGGCAAAUCUUUCGACCCAACUCCUCCAUUCUCGGACAGAAGCACAAAAAUCAGAAGAAAAAUAACCAGAAAAAGCGGAAAGCCGCUCGCCGAGCUAGUGAAGGCGAUGCGGCCAGCUCUGUUAAUUCCAACUCUGAUCAUCAAGGAGAUGAUGAAGAUAUGGAGGAGGAUGACGACGACCACUUGGACUCUGGAGUGGCCUCGUCUGUGGAUGAUGCCGAUACCAUCGGAGGGAAAGAAUCUAAAGCGGGUAUGUCCUGGAAAAAGGGUAAAAAGAACAACGCCGGAAAGGGCAAAAACAAGGGCAAUCUUGCCAAAAACGUCAAUGAUCUCAUGUUUGAAUUGGAUUUUUAAAAGAUGUCUGAUCCCUUUUCGAUUUCUUACCCUACGUACGUCGAGCUCUAUUUUCGCAGGCGUGUCACUUCAUUUCCUCAUUUCUUCAACUUUAUGUGUUCUUGUUUCCAUCCACAUUUGUUAGACAUGUUUUUGCCUUUGGAUGAUGUCAAUGAUUUUUUGAAAGUUGCCAAGGCAACCGUUAAAUACACUUUUUGGAGGCACACUGCUUGUGCUUCCGACACCA